AUGAAAUCAAAUUAUAUUCAAUAAAAGUUAGUAUAAUUCAACGAUACUAAUUAGAUUGCUGAUGUAUAACUGACUUUUUAAAAUAUACUAGAGAUACAAAUAACCAAUCAGACUUCAAAUAAAGAUAAAUUAAUUAUUUACUCCUCUAGAAUAAGAUCAAGAAACUGUUAUUCAUAUUUAUUUCAAAUUCUGUGGGAAAGGAGAAAAUUAUUUAAAUAAUCAACUCAAAGUUGGAGUAAUGGAGGUGCCACGAGAUAGAGAAGAGACAACAGAGAAGUAUAGAGAGAAUUAAAAAGAAGAAUAUUCUGAGAACAUUUCUUAUGAAUUCUGGUUGAAUCAAAAAAAAAAGGAACAAAUCGGAUUUCGUACAUUACAUCCAGAAGAACUGAUUUAUCAAAUUAUUUCUUUUAGCUCUUUAAAAGUACCAAUCAAUUUCAAAUGUUAUAAUUUAAUUCAAUUAUAAUAAAUUAGAUCGUGA